GGCGCUGUAGGUAAUGUACAAUCGCGUAUAAAAAAAUAAACGUAACUGUACAUUUAUACACGUGCUUCUGUCCCGGCGUUAUUAUAUUGUGCUUUAUGAAAGAGGUUAAAUUACAAAAAUUAUAAAUAAUAUACAAAAGAAAUUGUUGCCGAAAGAUUUUGAAUUUUUUAUAGUCGGAAAUUAUUCUUGACAAAUAUUUAGAUAGAAAUUUUAUUAUGUUUUUAUAAUUUUAUCAACAUGGAAAAUAAAGAACAAUUUGAUGUAUUUUUGGGUGGAACACAAUCAUUACCAUAUGAUGUUUCUAUUAUGAAAUUAGCUGCUGCAAGAGCUGGCGAAAUUGCAGCAAUGACUCAUGCCAUAGAGAAUCCUCAGCAAUCAAAAUUGGUCUUUCAAAAGCUUCCCAUACAUAUGCGUAGACGAGUUAUGUCACAUAAUGUCAAAAGAUUGCCAAGAAGAUUACGGGAAGCACAUUUAAAUCAAAUGAUUAAGUCCGGUUUACCACCAAAAAAUAAAAGGCCUUCACGUAAAUAUCGCAGACGUCCAUCCAAUUUACUUCUAGAAUACAAUCGAAGACAACGAAAGAAAGCUUGGUUAGAAACUCAUAUAUGGCAUGCAAAACGAUUUCAUAUGGUCGAACAAUGGGGAUAUAGAAUCGCUGAUUUUGCGAAUGACAAAUGCUUUAAAGCAAAUUAUCGUGCCAUUAGAAAACAUUGUUUGAUACAAGAUCUUUCUUAUUAUGCUUGUAUUGAAAUAAUUGGACCGGAAAAUAUUUUAAAAGAAACUUUGAGAUCACAUUGCAAUCCAAAUGAAUUAACAUUUGGUGCAAAGGUAUACAUUAAUGGUACAAGAGAAGGUACAUUAAUGUUUUUCAAAAAAAAUAGUUUUCCAUCGUUUCCCAUAGGGAAUGUGCACUUUCUAUGGAAAUCUGAUUGUUGUGAUCAAAGAACCAUUUGGAUUUGGGUUCAUCCAGCAUUUUAUGAUGAUAUUUUAUUUGAUAUUAUGUCCAGUUUUAAAUUUAAUUCCUGUAUUAUUGAAGACGAAGGAUCAACAUCAUUUAAUCAAUUACGAAAUUCUUAUAGCAAUGAAAGUAAUUGUCGAUUGAAUUUAUUGAAAGGUACUUUGAAUAGAUUUAGACUCUGUGGUCCAUUGACGUUAGACGUGUUAACGAAUACAUUUAAAUUACCAAAUAUUAAACAAAAUUUAUCAACAAUAAUUGAAUCAAAAAUGGAUUGUGAUGAUAUUACAGAAGAUAAAAAAGAUUCUCCUGACAUUAAUGAUACAUGGUAUAAAGAUUAUUAUAGCGAUCAAAAGAAUUUCGAAACUUUUAAAAUCCAAGAGAAAUUGUGGCGGACAUUACAAUCAUUAAAUUCUCCUCAUCAAUUACCACGAAAUAUGGUCAUGGGAUUCACUGUUUUAGAUCCACGUUUUUAUUUACCUGAAAAAAGAACAAAACCACAGAAACAAGUUACAGAUUCUGAAACAAUAACUAUGCCAUUGGCAGAUUCAAAUGAUAGUCCAAUAUGGGAUAAAAAUAUGCGUCAGGAAGUUAGUAAAUCAUAUCUAUCCACUAGUAUAAUUAAUAAAUUAAGAAGCAACAAUUUAGUUCCUGGUGUAAGCAAUGAUAAUCAUUUUAAUGAAGAUGUAAUUGCAAAAAUUCCUAUACUCGUUAUUCAAAAACCUGGUAAUUGUAAUACAGGUUUAGCUUCUGGUAUUGAUAUCAUUAUACCAUCAGGAUGGGCAAUGGCAUUCUGGCUUGGUUUCAUAUAUCGUUGUACAAGGGUCGGAGCUCUGAGAGAAACAAAAUCAAUAGUAUUUGAAACUGCUAUUACAAAUUCACCAGACAUUAAUGAACCCGAUACACUUGCUUAUAAAAGAGAAGCUCUUACUACAAAAGAAUAUUGGGAAGAAAAAUAUUUUCGAUAUCCACCUAAUAGACGAGUUAAUUUUAUAAAACUGGGUAUUUCUAGUCCUUUCUUUUGUGAAUGGCAUAUUUUAAUGAAGGAAUGGUCAGGCAUGAAUGAUUUUUAUGUUUUGAGAAAUCGAACUACAUUGAUACAAUUACAAACAAAUCUUUCUUCUUUUGAAUUAAAGAAAAGCAAAAAUAAACGUAAAAUUCCUGCUUCUAAGAUUACUUUAGAUAAUGCAUUAAAUAAUGAAAAUUGUUUAAUACGCGUUAGAAUAUCUAUUUUAAAUAAGGGCAAUCCAAAAAUGUUUGCUAUAAUAUGUGCACCAACAGAUGAAGAUUUAGAAAGAUUGAACCAUGAUAAACGUUGGUCAGGACCAGUAGAAAAAACAAAUAAAGAUCCAAAUGAAAGUCGGCGGAAAAUGUUACGAAAGAAUCAUUUGUUAUUGUUAAAACGAUAUAGAAGACAAAGAAUACGUCAUAAAAAAGCAUUGGAAAAGACAAUAAGUGAUGCAUUUGAAGAAAAUGCAAACAAAGUAAAUUACAACAUUGAAAUAAGAAAUUUAAGGCAGAACUUAUUGAAAAAAAGUCGUAAAGUAGUAUUGGAACAUUCAUACAAAAUGUCAAAACUUUAUUUGCCAGAUUGUAGAGAAGUACGAAAUUCAUGUAAAAGAGAAAUAAUGGGAUAUAUAACACUAGGAAAUUUUUCUUUUAACGAGGCUAAAGGCAUUGGAAUAGGUUAUGUUACGAUACAAUCGGUGAUUGCAAUGAUUGCCAGAGAAAGUAAUAUUGUUCUUAUUAGGAAUAAUCGGUCAAGACAAUAUAGGGCAGCUCGUUUAGAAAUAUUAUUUAAUUAAUUAAUUAUUAAA